AUGCGUGCCCACGCAGAUCUGCUUCUGCAGCUGCGGGCCACCGACAACAGCACAGAGGCGAACAAAGGCCGUCAGUUCACAAGCAACGCGCCCGGAUACUACAGCGGGCCAUAUAUAGACUUCCCGGCACAGAACACCUGGGUCGACUACAGCACGAUGUUCAACGACUACGCUUCGUAUAUGGUCGAAGCUGGAUCCACCACAGAUGAUGUCGGAAACAUCUACACCGCCAUCAGCAGUGUUUCCGCGGCUCUGGGCGUAGACAAGCAGGUGAUCCUCGGCAUCGUCAUCCAGGAGAGCAGUGGCUACGUAGGCGUCAAGACGACCUACGAUGCGGACGGUGUGCCCACAGGCGGCCUGAUGCAGGCCAGCGGUUGCGAGGGAUAUGAUGGGAAGACGAACUUGCCCAAAGCAGAAGUAUUCGCGAUGGUGCACUGUGGCACGCAACAUUUCAUAACCAACCUUGGCGACUUUGGCGACCAGCAGACGGUGGCGACCAUCUAUCCUGCCCUGCGCGAGUACAACUCCGGCUCGGUCGACCAGGGCAACCUGUCUAUUGCUCCCAAUGGAGCAGGCAACCCGUACUACGUCUCAGACAUCGCCCAGAGGAUGCAGGGUUACGUCUUUUGA